AGAAAUAUGGGUAUAUUCGAUGGUAAUCCACUUCUUUGUGAAGUGCUUUCGGAACGAUGCUCGUUUUCUGCCGAUUGUCCGAGUUUUGUGUUCAGCACUGGUCGAGCUCAAACCGGUGUCGAUGAUCUAUCCGGAAUUCGAUUGUUCGCCGGAGGAAACUUCGUUCCAGAUGAUCGUGUAAUUUUGUGGAAAUCUUCGAUUCAAGCUCACGACUUCGUCCUUCAUCUACAAGAAGUUUCGUUGAACUCUCAGAAGGAAGGCAGUCAAAUUAAAUUAGUCUUCCCGGGAUGCAUACUUCUGGAUGGGGUUACCGUUGCGUCUAUCUCUUCAGAAGGAGAAGAUUACGUGUGUGUUUUGGUGCCAACGAGUUCCGCCGUCUUCCGCAUUUUGUUCAGCGAUGAGAAAACCGAAGGAUCUGUUUUCCGGAACGCGCCUUCGGGGCAUCAUUCCCUGGAUGUCAGAUCCGAUCAGAGUGUGUACGCGGCCUGUUCGAAGUGGAAACGGGAAACGAAAGAAGCUUUCUUCGCUGUCGCGAAUCGACUUGGAGAGACUCACCUGAUCAUUCUGAAUGAAGAUGGGGACGAAAAGUGCUAUCGAAUUCUCAGUGAUGGGCAGCCACUGCUUGGUCGCCUGACGGGCUGGAUGCGUCUAGGUGGAACAAAAGAUGAACCUAUGUGCGCUGCAAAAGCUUUAUGUUUCUUGGACUGUCCGGGAUCACAAGACGACCUGCUUCUGGGAGUUUGCAAGGACCGCGUUAUCAGAAUAUGGAGUGUUGGGAGUCGAUAUUGGAAGCGUGAUGUUGAUCUAGGUCUUGAAGCGAUGGACGCCGAAAAAUCUCACCACUUCGAGCGUCAGAGAGUGCUCGUGGCUUGUUCAUACAACGCUCGUGGGCAUUUGGACACGGUGCUCAUUUGCCUGUCGAAAGAUCCGAAACAUUCGAGCGACUCGAGAACUUGUGUGAAAGUUCUGCGUCGGUGGUCACCCGACUUCCAACCGGCGUCUCGUCGUUCGGUCAACCUGCCCACGUUGUCAAAAUGGACCAGCGUGGUGGACAUGAAGAUUUGCAAUGCCUGGGCGUUUUGUCUAACCAGUGACCACGGUGUAAUAGCCUUUGACCUUGACACUUGCGCGGAGUGUAUUCCUAUCAAAGGAAUGCACGGGCCUCCGAGAAGCGUGCCUGCGUUGGUGGCCUUUGCCAGAGGGGAUGGUGUCGGACGUGCGGACCACGUUGAAGAUGAAGAAGACGACGAAGGGACGGAGUUGGAUGAAGCUCUGCGGUUUGAUUUUUGUGAUGGGGUUGAGAAGUGGUGGAGUACGAGGGGAAAUCCCUCGCGUCCCGUCUCUGCCAUAGUCAUGGACUUGCUGGGAAAGCCGGAAUUCUUUUCUGUCGACCAAAUAAAGCGUGCUUUGGAACAUUUCCCUGCUGCGUCUUUGUUGGCUGAAAACAAACCGAUCACGAACAAUCGUCAAGAGUGGAUCCGUCAUGUGGCCACUGUUCUGAGGGCGGAACACAAAGGUGUCUCGAUAGAUAAUGUUUUGGACGAGUUUGCUGGUUCCAGUGAAGUGGAUAAGCCCCAGAGUCCUACUAACUACCCUUUAUGCCCGGAGAAGCCCCUAAGCUUACCUCAAAUACCACCACUUUCGCUCGCCUACCUACUGCUACAUGAAAAUUCGAUGGAAAUGAAUUUCGAGCAGGAGCGAAGCCAGGAACUGAAUGCUCGAGUAGGCGGUGUACUCGAAGAAACCGAAGACGUUUGGCUGACGUUUUACGAACAACUGCUCGGUAUUCACAAGGAAGAUUUAUCUUGUUUGGGGCUGUUCGUGGACCAGAAUUCAGGGAUCAAGGCAGUAGUGCGACAAAGCUGCGUUUCUUUUGUCAGAGGUCUAAGUUUGCCCGAAGACAUUAUUCGAGUCGGGGCGUUAGCGAGAGCUGGUAGAAUGACGGAAACGGAAGGCGUUCUUUUGACGAUAAAUCGCAUGUACUCCGAAGACCUGAACCAGAGUAAACGCAUCCCGAAGUCAGUGGUUGCUUACAGUCGUGUUUACGCCGCACUUGUGGGAGGAUUAGUUUCUUCAUCGAGUCGCGGCUCCUGGAGGAGAAUUGUUCGUAUUCUGGAUCACGUGUUGAAUGUGUAUUGCACCAGAGGAAUUGGAGCCUUUGAGUGGGACGCGAUGAAAGAUCGCGACGGACUCGUUGAUCUCGACGGAUUCGAACCUGCCAUUGCUCUGGUCAGUGACUUGAUGGAAAGUGGAUGGAAAUCGAAUCCGGACGAGCUUCAGAAGUUUAUGGAGAUGUUGGAGUUUGAUCCUGGGUGCAUUGAGAAGGCGAGGGAAAGCGUUGUGAAAGGGGUUCAGCCUCUGCAGCCGUUGGUGGACUCUCCGACGUUCGGUCCCAUGUGGAUGGCUGGUCCUGUUGGAACUGAAAUCGGUGUGAAAGCCAUCGCCGAUGUCAUGGAAGCCAAGGCAGUUCUGGUGUCCCUAACGCCCUUGGUCGACAUUUUGUGCACCUGCAUUUCUCGUCUCGGUCGGAAACCUUCGCUGGCGAUGAAGCUGCAUAUUAGACCACAUGGCAGUUCUCAGAUCCGCUUCCCGCAACUGCGUGCUCUUCCGAGAGUCUACCACGAAACCAUUCGUAUUCUCUCCUCUCAAAUGCCUGCUCCGAACAAGGAUAGAGAAUUGUUGCUGAAUGCUUCUGCGGCAAACAAACGCCGCAAGUUUGACGACACUGUUGAAUUGCAAUGCCCUCGUUUGACGGACGGUCAGCGUUUGUUGGAGGACUUCAUCAAGUCGGUGAUUCGUGUGCGCUUUUUGGAAGACUCGUUAUGCGGGGAAUGGCUUCCGCUGCCGACUUUCCUGAAUUUCGGUUGGGACUGGGGCGUUCCGAAAUUUGCUUCAUUUGCUGCCCGCCGGUUGUGGGCUGGCACUUCAGCCGAGAUGAUUGUGUAUUUGCGGAAUGCUGGGAUUGUGGACGAGAUGUUCGAGCUUCGGGACGCCGUGGUGAAUCUGGCUAAAUUUGUGAUUGAAUCCGGAGUUGAAAUUUCUGCGGAAGACCACACCUCCUUAAUGCUGUCAGCUGCUUGUUGGUCUUGGUUGCCUUACGAUGAUAACAAAGCCGCAGUGGCGUCGACUCCUGCUAAUAUGGUUGCGGAUGCUGCUCUGGAAGCCGCUUGGUUUGUCGGAAAUUGUCUAGAAGAAACGACUUUGAUGCAUCGCUUUUUGCGCUGCAUGAAUUGGGAGGAUGUGGCUGAAACGGCGUCCAGGUCGCGUCAUCAACAAACGUCCCGAGCGAUGGCGGUUUUGCUCAAGAUUCUGAACGAUUUGGAUAAAUGGGGUUUACUCGACGUGGCGGCCAGGUGUUGUGCGGAAGCGAGGAGUCGUUUGCGGUUUUUCUUGCCGGAAGUCGAGUUUGACUCCAGGUUCGGCACGCAGCUGAUCUCCUUCAGUUUCAAGCACAGUUUACAACGUGGGGGAUUUACCACGUGUUUCACUUUGAUUCUGGGCUGUAAAAAUCGUCUGGAGCAGCGAUUGUGGAUUAGGCAGUUGUUGGCGAAGGCUGCUUUGCCCCAGGAUCAAGGAAUCAAGCGUGUUCUUACCCUGCCAUUCUUUUCGGCAUCAGAUUCUCUGUUUGAAGACGCGUGUCUUUACCUGGAAUCCCUCGCCAAGUCCAGGCCUCCCGUCGGCAAUGAUGUCUAUUCAGUAUUGAAAGUGCUGUACGUGAAAAAGGGAUAUUAUGUGCGAGCGGCCUGCGUAGGGUUCGAACUGAGUACCAGACUGGAAGCGGAAUCACACGGGGUUUCACCCGAAGAUCAGGUCAAGAUGCUGAAUCAGGCUGUGACCGGUUAUUGUGGAGCCGAGAUGAUGUUGUCAUAUUCGAUCGAAGACGGAGGUCCGGGUUUUUUCCUCCAUUUCCCGUCGACGCCCUCGGCCAAGGCCAGCAAAGCCCCGCAGUUUCCCAAUGGAAAGAUCAUCGAACUUGACAACGUCGUUCGAAGGAAGGUGUUCUGCAUGGGCGCCUUGGCAGCCUGCGAGUUUUUACUGGCUCGGGGAACAGGUUCCCGGAGACUGGUUUUCAACGUUGAAGAAAGAGACGAAGAAGCUGAAGCGAAGGACAUGCUUACGAGAUUAUGUGAUCUCGGGCUUUACUCUGCUGCUGUUGUCUUGUGUAAAGCCUGGAAAUUGGACCGAGGCAUCGUUUUUGCGUCGAUUGCAGACCGAAUCGUGGCCAUGCAUGGGGGCCAAUUCCUCAACAACGCUUGGCUGGAGAAAAACUAUGACGCCGUUCUGUUUGCGAAGGACCCUGAAUCUAGACAUGCGCAGUGGAACUCAUUUCCCGUGACGAACAGUUUUCUAGCAAAAGCCUGGGUCUUGUUGGAAAUCCUUUGCGUGGGUCAAGAGUCUGACGACGUUGAAGACUCCCCACCGCCCGGAGUUGUGAUUUCUUGGCUGGAGCCGGUCGUCAAAAUUCUUCUUGCUGCGAGAAUCAAAUUGCCUCUCUGGUUAUCUACUUAUUUCAAGGCUCAUGCAGUGACAGUGUUGCUGCGGUUACUUUGGGAAGCCGGAAACCUUCAAGACUGCUCCGAAACCGUUUGCCGAUAUUUGGAAGCCCUGACGGAAGGAUCCCCUGAUCUGCUGGCUGAAUUCCGGCUCCCGGGUUCAUUGCGAGUCGCUCACACGGAAUUCCUUUUGCCACACAACGUGAUUAACGAGCUAUUGGCUGAGUUGGACGCUCUUUCGGUGCGCACGGGCGCCGCGAUCCGAGCUGCGCAAAGAAUUCGUCACCUGUGGGCGUUGGCGCGAGAGUUGGCGGUGCGGCGGUCGACUGAGGUUCGGGCGACGGCGGCAUUGCCGCCGAGACAGCAGCACGUUCACUGAGCUCGGGGAGCAAGCUAAUCCUUUGUUUUUCCCAACUUGAUUUGAUUGCGACUCGUCGAUUGUUUGAUUGAUGCGAGCUUUCCGGAAGUUCUCCAACAUUUCGUGGUACUGUAUAUGAAGUUUUGGUUCUUGUAACUUCCCGGCGUCCCUCAUUACCUUGGCGUUGCUUGAAGUUGGCUGUUCUUGUUAGGUUCAACGAGUCCUGCACUCUAAUGAUUGUCAUGACGAAGGUGUCGCCUCAAUUUCCCGAAAUUUUUCUCGAGCCCAGUUGAUCAACAAAUUAGUGUCAUUAAGACGCUACUAUUACGCAUCAGUGCAGUGUCUGGCGUACCUGAUGGAUUUCCCUUGUCAUCAUAUUGAUGUCGCCCGUACUUCGCUCCAUUUUUAAAAUUUAAGUUGUCAUAAAGUUGGUAUUACAUAUCACUGUAAUUUCAAAUGUUCCCGAGACGCCGUGAUUUUUUUCGGAAUUUUACAGAUGUCGCUAGAAUUUUUUGAAGGUCCACAUGAAUUUACCAUGUUUACACGAGCAUAAGUUGGGGUGUGCCCUGAUUUUGGACAGUAAUUUGAAGGCGGAGGUCUGUGAAUCAUGCCAAAUAUUUUCGUUGGAAGAAAAGGGCAGAAGAAAUAAGCAAAUAAUUUGAUUCGUAGAAAGAAGGGGCUUUUCUGAAAAAUCAAAUUGAAUCAAAUUUUCCCUCUUCGUCUGAUUCUCAAAUAAAUUCAAAACAUAAAUCCUUGCGUUUGUUUAAAAAUUUCUGCGAGAAGUGAGAGGUUCCGCGAAAACGGUCGAAACAAGUUGGGGGAAGAAAAGAGGCGCCGUGAAGCUUUCGGACCUUGUGAAGUGCGUGGUACUUUUUUUUUUCCAGAGUUUGUACGCUGCGAAUUUUUUGGAGCAGUGAAGAUUUUUCUGUGAGUAUUUUCAACGGCGUUCAUUUCUUGAUUAAUCGUUUAUCUCUCGUUGAAAGUGUGUCUCGUGUAUUUAGGAAGUGUCC